UGGCGAUCUAUUUGCAGUGGCGCGAAGCAGUUUUUGGGCGCGGCGGCGGGUGAAGCGAGAGUGGAUUUCGUGGGCGCUGGUUGAAAUUACGGUGUUUUGACUUUUACACGAAGAUCUAAGUGAACAUUUUGCAAGGACUGUUUACACUUGUGCUGCCCUAAAUUUCUAGUUGCAGCCAUGGCGGAUGUGGCUGGUCAGAGUCAAAAUGAAAAUGAGGCUGGAAAUGUUCCAGAAGUGGAACUUAUCAUAAAGGCGUCUACCAUCGACGGCCGAAGGAAGGGCGCCUGUCUGUUCUGCCAGGAGUACUUCAUGGACCUCUACCUGCUCGCCGAACUGAAGACCAUCUCGCUGAAAGUCACCACCGUCGACAUGCUCAAACCGCCACCUGACUUCAGGUCCAACUUUGACGCCACGCUGCCGCCCAUCCUGGUGGAUAACGGGCUGGCCGUGCUGGAAAACGAAAAGAUCGAGCGGCACAUCAUGAAGAACGUGCCCGGCGGCCACAACCUGUUCGUACAGGACAAGGAGGUGGCUACCAAGAUCGAGAACGUCUACAGCAAAUUCAAGCUGAUGCUGCUGAAGGGAGACGACCACUCGAAGCAGGUGCUGCUCUCCGUGCUGCGGAAGAUCGACGAGCACCUGGGCCAGAAGAAGACGCGCUUCCUGACGGGCGACACGUUGUGCUGCUUCGACUGCGAGCUGAUGCCCAAGCUGCAGCACAUCCGGGUGGCAGGGAAGUUUUUCCAGGAGUUUGAGAUUCCUGCCGAGUUCGAGAACCUGUGGCGCUACAUGCACCACAUGUACCUGCUGGACGCCUUCACACAGUCGUGUCCGGCCGACCAGGACAUCAUCAACCACUACAAGCUGCAGCAGCGCACGAAGAUGAAGAAGCACGAGGAACUGGAGACGCCCUCGUUUACCACCUCGAUCCCGCCAUCGGUCCAGGUCGACUGACGGCCGCCCGUCCCCCGCGCAGACCGGCAGACGGCCGCCGGUACCCCGCGCAGACCGGCAGACGGCUGCCGGUACCCCGCGCAGACCGGCAGACGGCCGCCCGUCCCCCGCGGCCGGUCCAGCUGACGGCCGCCGGUACCCCGCGCAGACCGGCAGACGGCCGCCGGUCCCUCUGGCGGUCCGGCCCGCAGGCGGUGCUGAACUGAGCGCCCGCCCGCCCGCCCGUGACGGUCCGGCCGGCGGAUGUGUAUGUUGAUGUGGGCUGAUCUGAACUGCGGCCUGCUGCACAGUCGUCAGACGUGUAUCGGGUCCUCCCAGUCCGCUGUGUGGAUGUGGACACGCGCCCGCCUUGACAUAGUCGGGCGUACAUCGGGCCGGACUGGACGCGACUAGCUGCUCUACGUAUCGCAGUGCUUCUGCAGAGCAGACUGACAGGCCAGAUGAUUGCGUUUUGCCGUGGGCGGGUAUGUUAUGUGCUUCUGUGGUUACUCUGCGAAAUUGUUCGCAAUGGCGGCGCGUCCGAAUGACCAAGGGACAGUGAAGGGUGGGCUCACUCGCCUAUUCGAUCUCUCUGCCGAAGGGAUGUCGCCUUCUGAAUUAGCCGCUUGUGCCUGAGAAUGACUGAACUCACUAUGUCACAACAUUCCGGGUGGGAGGCCCAGGGCGGCGACCCGGGGCUCCCGCACGGAGAGAGAAAAUAUACUGACCGAAUAUGCGGA